AUGUAUAACACUUUCGAUGCUUUCAGGCCUCAUUUCAACGCCCUCGCAAGAGUUGGAUAUUUUAAAAUGUUGAAAACGAUGACCCUGGAUAAGCUGUAUUUGCAUAAAGCUUAUAGAACUGUUGUUUGGAUCCUUGUCAUCACUUACAAUUUACAACAUCUUUUCCGUGUCAUUCAGGUCAGACACAGCACCGAUGAAAUGGUGAACACAUUGUUCAUCCUUUUAACAACUUUGAACACUUUGGGCAAGCAAGUCGCUUUUAAUUUCCGUACGAGCCGCGUCCAUCGCAUACUCGCCACUAUUAAUGGGUUUGUCUUUGCACCGAGAAUCAGAUAUCACGAAGAUGUUUUGAAGAGCAACGCUGCGUCUAUGCUGCGAUUGUUAAAGUUGUAUCUUUACGCUGUAUUAAUUUGUUGUGGUCUGUGGACUAUAUUUCCGAUAGCAAAUAGAGCUUUGGGUGAAGAUGUGCAGUUCACUUUCUAUUUUCCGUUCAAUACUCGUAAAUCACCCGUGUUUGAGCUAACCUUAGCGUAUAUGUCGAUAUUGAAUACCUAUCAAGCCUAUGGUUGUGUGACGAUGGACUGCACAAUCGUAGCUUUCUACGCCCAAGCGAAGACCCAACUGCAAAUCUUAAGAUUUAAUUUGGAGCACUUAGCGGAUUUAGAUGGAAAUAUAAAAAAUUGUGAUUUUUUUGAAUUAGGAACGUAUAAAGAUGUUGCCGAUAAGCGAUUUAAUCGUUUGCUGCGUAAAAGAUUUGUAUCGUGCGUGAAACAUCAUCAGCAAAUUGUAUGGUUCGCUAAGGAAGUGGAAUCAAUAUUUGGAGAGGCUAUGGUUGUACAGUGCUUUGUGACGACAUGGGUCGUCUGUAUGACUGUUUACAAGAUAGUUGGUCUGAGUAUAUUUUCCGUGGAGUUCUUUUCUAUGGGGAUGUAUCUAGGCUGUAUGUUAGCACAACUAUUUAUUUACUGUUAUUAUGGAACGCAGCUUAAUGAUGAAGUAAGUGUUCGAUUUAUUUUAAAAUUAUUUAUAUUUGUUGACUUAUAA